AUGAGCCAAGGCUUGGAGAAGAAGUUGGAUCAGGAAAAUUCGGCCUCUUCUUAUGUGAUUUCCCGAAUUUUGGGGCGACGACGCAGCGACAACAACAAAUUCAUUCGGCCGGAACAAUCUAUGCUCGAGGUAAUUCUCGUCGUGCCUGAGCCCGAAAUUCGAGUUCUUGAGAAGGCAGCAGACAGAGAAGGGAAAUUUAGGUUAGCGUCGCACAGCACUUCAAAGUUUUCGUCUGCAACAGAGCAAAUGUCUCGCCUGCUGCAUCAAUCCAAGCUCUCACUCUCGAGAUUAUCCUGUAUAGCUUCAAGAAAUGGGCAGUUUCUCUCUACUAGUAGUGAUAAAUUUACAGGCACUGAUCAUUCUGCUAAAGUUGAUAAAGUUGAGGAAGCUGAGACAGUAAAGGUUCCUCCUCCUCCAACAGAGAAGUUUCUUGUGCUUGGUGGAAAUGGUUUUGUUGGCUCUCAUAUCUGCAAGGAAGCUUUAGAUCAUGGUUUGGCCGUUGCUAGCCUCAGCAGAUCAGGUAGAGCUUCAGUACAAGAAUCGUGGGCCAACAAUGUGAUUUGGCAUCAAGGUAACUUGUUCACCACUGACUCGUGGAAGGAUGCUCUUAAAGGAGUAACCUCAAUUAUUUCUUGUGUUGGCGGAUUUGGUUCCAACUCAGAAAUGUACAAAAUUAAUGGGACGGCGAAUAUGAAUGCUAUUAGAGCAGCUUCAGAAGAAGGAGUCAAGAGGUUUGUAUACAUCUCUGCAGCCGACUUUGGUGUGGUAAAUUAUUUGCUAAAAGGAUAUUAUGAAGGAAAGCGGGCUGCUGAGACAGAGCUACUCACCAGAUAUCCAUAUGGAGGAGUGAUUCUGAGGCCUGGAUUCAUAUACGGAACUCGCUCUGUUGGGAGCAUGAAAUUGCCACUUGGUGUGAUUGGUUCCCCGUUGGAGAUGGUGCUUCAGCAUGCGAAGCCUUUGAACCAAGUCCCACUGGUCGGACCCCUACUCACGCCACCGGUUAAUGUCACUGCUGUGGCUAAAGUUGCUGUGAGAGCGGCAACUGAUCCCAUUUUCCCUCCAGGCAUUGUUGAUGUCUAUGGAAUAUUACGUUAUAGUAAGCAGAGAUAA